AUGCGCCAAAUAACAUCGAUCUCCAAACUCCAGUCCCCAAUCGCACCCUUCCCACCUCCACCUUUCCCCACAGACAUCUCCCCGACACGUGGCGAUCGCUGGUCGAAUUCGGCCGGGCCCGAUGACGGAAGGACGGCGGGAGGGGCGGUGCAGCUGCCGGCCGGCGCGGCGGUGCAUCAUCAUCCCCCCCAGGGCCCGCCCCCCUCGCCGCGCCGGCCCAUUGCCAAGUUCAAUGCCAAGGUCAUGCGCGACCGAGUGCGACUGCGCGCCGCAAUGCAGGAGCGACCGGCGAAGCGGGCCGGCCAGCCCUUCCGUGAAAAUGACGGAAUUCCUAGACAUGUGCGAUCCGACGACGCCUUCAGCACGAGCUGUUUAAAUUAUGCAACAUCACGUCAUAUCACAAGGCUUCAAAUACCACCUGCUGUUCGGUUGCGUUCUCGUGAUCACUUGCUACCGUGUAAUGUACGCACAGAUUUUUAUUGCCACUUCCGCAACCAAAUAACACCCGUAUCAAAACUAGAGGUGACCUAG